GGCUCUCGGAGGCAGAGCUCUCGCGUCUCACCCGCGGACCUACCUCCGAAACCCGUUCCUCUUUUCGACGGACUCUGGGACGAGCUUCGUACCGAUCUGGAUUACCGCUCGCAGGGACUUUAUUCCGGGAAUUUAACGGGACAGCAGCCUCUCCGCGCUGUGGAUUUCUCUUCUUAUCCUGGAUCUUGUGGAUUAUUUUACUGACUUCAACAUGACCCUGGAGGAAGUCGUUGGAUCGAACAGCACCGAGAAAAAGAUGGAGACGGUGAGUCAGGCUCUGGAGGAGCUGCUGGUCGCAGCCCAGCGGCAGGACUGUCUCACCGUGGGGGUCUACGAGUCCGCCAAGCUCAUGAAUGUAGACCCGGACAGCGUGGUCCUGUGCCUCCUCGCCACCGACGAGGAGGACGAGGACGACAUCGCGCUGCAGAUCCACUUCACGCUGCUUCAGGCGUUCUGCUGCGACAACGACAUCAACAUCCUGCGGGUGUCCGGCAUGAGGCGGCUGGCUCAGGUGCUGGAGGAGGACACCGAGGACGGCAACGGCAACGAGCCCCGGGACCUGCACUGCAUCCUGGUCACGAACCCCCCGGUGCAGCCGCUGCAGUGCCAGGCCCUGCAGGACGUCAGCAGCUUCUGCGAGGAGAGCCGCUGCAGGAACCAGUGGGUGCCCUGCCUGGAGCUGCAGGACGGCUGAGCCGCGCUGGGCCGAGCCGAACCGAACCAGACCGCUGCGGAGCGGUGAGAAAGAGUGGAAACAGUCCAAACAGCCGUCCUCGUGCAGAAGAGGAGUAACGGCGUUUGAGUGAAGACGGGGGCCGAGCCGAGCCGAGCCGAGCCGAGCCCAACCGGGGGCCCUCCUGCCGCCUGAUGGCGCGCGAGGUCCCGGUACCGGGCGGGUUGUGAAAGCGGACCGGACUGUGCAGGAGGCUCCGGGUCCUGGAGCCGCAGAGAGAGGAAGAUUUUCCUUCUUUUUUUUUUUUUUUUUUUCAAUGAAGUGUGGCGCGUGCUGAUCGACAGCACCUGGAUGUCAGGUGACUGAACUGAACCGGUGAAUGAAUGCGUGAACUGAGGAGCCGCACCCGAGGCUCCGGACUACCUGAGCAGCAGGUGCUGCAGGUGUUCCGCUCACCUGUCUGCUCAGAGCAUGUGACGUCACGGCGUAUUAUGUCUCGUUAUUGGUGACGCAGUGGAGUUCCACUGAUGUCACACCUGGGUAUUUAAAGUGAGCAGAGGUAAUAUAUGAGUGAAUCCACCUGUUGCCUUAUUCUAUCUGAAUAAAUAAUUGAAGGA